ACUUCUCAUUCAACACAUAACGGAUACGGGGUAUCUCGUACUUAUGUAAACGCAUAUCUUUGACGAAAGGAAUCGUGAUUAUUCGUAGCUCUAGGGUUUUGAGUUUUGUAUAUUGGUCGAUCUUAGUCGUCAGUAUUGAUCUUUGAUAAUGGGUGCCGAGGGCGAGUCAAUCGUAUCUGGCGGGAGCAUCGGUGGUGUCGAAGAAGUCACUGUCAACAUUCGAUGCUCCAACGGCUCCAAGUUCUCCGUACGGACGAUCCUCAGUUCAAUGGUUGGGGCGUUUAAGGCUCUUCUGGCUCAGAACUGCGACGUCCCAGCUGAACAGCAGAGGUUGAUUUACAAAGGCCGGAUCUUGAAGGACGACCAAACCCUUGAUAGCUACGGUCUGCAGGCGAAUCACACCAUUCACAUGGUGCGUGGUUCUGCCCCAGCUGGAUCGUCACCUGCUGCCGCAACUACCAAUACUGGAAAUCCUACUAUCACACCAAGUGUGGCUCUGGGUGGUGGUUCAAAUGAAGGAGGGGGCUUUGGGGGCAAUGGUCUUGGGGCAUCUCUGUAUCCUGGGCUUGGUUUUGGUGCACUUGGUGGCACUGGAGCAUCUGGUUUACUUGGAGCUGGACUUCCAGAAUUUGAACAAGUGCAGCAGCAGCUCACUCAGAACCCCAACAUGAUGAGAGAAAUAAUGAACAUGCCGGCUAUUCAAAACCUUAUGAAUAACCCUGAUUUAAUGCGCAGCAUGAUGAUGAACAAUCCUCAAAUGCGUGAGAUCAUUGACCGAAACCCUGAGCUCGCUCAUAUUCUUAAUGAUCCAGGUAUUCUUCGACAGACAUUAGAAGCUGCUAGGAAUCCUGAGCUAAUGCGUGAGAUGAUGCGGAACACUGACAGAGCAAUGAGUAACAUUGAAUCUUCGCCUGAGGGAUUUAACAUGCUCAGACGCAUGUAUGAAAAUGUUCAGGAACCCUUUCUGAAUGCCACAACAAUGGGCGGAGGUAUCGGAAAUGAUGUGGGAUCAAACCCCUUUGCAGCUCUUCUGGGGAACCACGUUGGUGGUGCCCAAACCACAGAUGGAUCUAACAGCCCUUCAACUACUGGGUCUGAAACAACUACCGCAGCUACUGCUCCAAAUGCUAAUCCACUUCCAAAUCCUUGGAGUGGUACCGGUGGAGGUUCCCAAGCGAACACUACUACAAGGUCAAAUCCUACUGGGGAUGCAGGAGCACCAGGUAUUGGUGGGUUAGCUGGGCUUGCUCUCCCAGAGUUGGGAAACACUUUCGGCAUGCUGGAUCCUUCUGUAAUGAGUCAAAUCUUGCAGAAUCCAGCUAUUUCUCAGAUGAUGCAAAGUCUGUUUUCCAACCCCCAAUAUAUGAAUCAGAUUCUCGGUUCCAAUCCACAACUCCGCAGUAUGCUAGAUUUGAACCCGCAGUUAAGAGAAAUGAUGCAAAACCCAGAAAUUCUUCGUCAGCUAACGUCACCGGAGACAAUGCAGCAAAUGAUGGCUUUACAGCAGCCACUCGCUCAGCUGAACCGGCAGCAGUCAACCGGGGAACCAGCUCAGACAGGUGGUACUACAGGAACACAAAACAAUAUGGGCCUUGAGUUAUUGAUGAAUAUGUUUGGUGGACUUGGAGCUGGCGGCUUGACUGUUCCAAACACACCUGAUGUUCCUCCAGAAGAACUUUAUGCGACUCAACUGUCACAGCUUCAAGAAAUGGGUUUCUUUGACACGCAAGAAAAUAUCAGGGCUUUGCGUGCUACAUCAGGGAAUGUUCAUGCUGCCGUGGAACGACUUUUGGGGAACCCCAAUCAGUAGUCUCAACACCUGUUCUAUAUCUAAAUUGAAAGACUCGUGGGGCAUGUAAAACUAUUCAUUAUACUGGUGUCUUCUAAAGGUUAAAGACGAAAUAGCACUUUCAAUUCCAUUUUGGGCAUGUGAAUAAGAAAGUGCACGCCUCGAUAGUAAGAGCUCUGAACGUGCAGAUAGAGACUUUUGCAUUACUCUCUCUCUCUCUCUCUCUCG